CGCGGUCUAACAACCAGCUCAACACACCUUCAACGAAUAAUGGCUACGAGGUUACACGCACACCUUCCGGCGCCGGCGCCCCACGCCGCUUUCUCGAUGCCCCAAACUAAGUCGCAUGUCCUGGCUGGCGUUCAGGACGCGUAUUGGAGCGACGACGAAGCAGAUGAUGAGGAAUGUCCGCUCUGCUUGGAAGAAAUGGACAUAUCCGAUCUCAACUUCAAGCCGUGCGUAUGUGGCUAUCAAAUCUGUCGCUUUUGCUGGAACCACAUCAAGCAAAACUUGAACGGGCGUUGUCCUGCAUGCCGGCGAGAGUACACGGAGGAUGGCGUGCAAUUUAAGCCGAUUUCCAAGGAGGACCACAAGCGUUUGACGCAACAAAAGAAACAACGUGAACGCGAACGGAAGGAGCUGGAUGCGCUCAACCGGCGGCACUUAGCCAACCUCCGUGUAGUUCAGCGGAACGUCGUGUACGUUGUCGGGAUCGGUCCUCGCUUCGCCAAGGAAGAGCUCAUUCCGACCCUUCGAUCAAACGAAUUCUUUGGCCAAUACGGCAAGAUAUCAAACGUGUUCAUCGUAAAGCGGACGCCACCAGGAGGCAAGGGGCCUGUGGUCGGCUUGUAUAUCACCUAUAAUCGGCGUGAAGAUGCAGCCCGCGCCAUCGCCGCCGUCGACGGAGCACCGUCACCCGGCGGCGGUAACGAGGUCAUGAGAGCCAGUUACGGGACGACGAAGUAUUGCAUAGCAUUCUUGCGCGGGCGCAGCUGUAAUGACCGAAACUGCAUGAACCUUCACGAGUGGAGCGAUGAGAAGGAUUGCUUUACGAAGGAGGAUCUUACAACACUGAAACAUACUAUGAAGGACACGGAAACAAGGUCUCGGACCAUCCUGGGCAAAAAGGCUGGGGAUGCAGAUGAACAAGGUGGACUUCCUAGAGGCGCUGCAUGGGCGAACAAGGGUAGAGCUCCUGCAAAUCAACUGCGGGCAAUCGUGGAUGACUUUCCCAUUACCACGCGACCAGCGAGGCGGGCUGCUCAGCGACAACGGGGUGCCGUAGCCAGCAACACAGCCGCAAAACCUCAAGAGGAACGUCGUGGGACCACCAGCGCGAAGACGCCAUCGCACGCAUCGAUCUCUCGCCCUGGAACGCCCGUCAACGCAGGACUACCACCCCGCCCCGCGACUCCAGUCGAGUUGAAGCAGCCGCGACGGCCGGAAAAGGAUAUUCAGGUGUCUGCCCGACCGCAAUCCCCUGCAUCGUCUUUCACUGCCGAUUCAGAGCCUGCAUCCGCUGCACAGGAAUCGCCUGUUGCUCCUCCAGAGCCGGAAGUCCGCCCGGAAUCAGCAGCAUCCGGUCGCUCGUCGAUACCCUCCGUACCAUCCGAUCCUAUCUUACCUCCCGGUCUUCCAAGUGCGCCUCCAGGACUUGGUGCGCCUCCCGGCCUAGCUCUGCCCCGACCUAAGGAUACAGCUUCCCCGAUUCUUUCUUCCAGAGGCUCGCAAAAUUAUCAGAUGUCCACACAAGCGCAGGCACUCCUGGAUGACGUCAGGCUAAGGCGCAAGUCUUUGCGGUCCGGUACAGGCCUUGCGCCGUUCCCGGACUUUGAUCGCGUUCUAUCAGUAUUGACGGGCGGGGAUGGCGAACGCGGUGCCUUCAGCUUCAGCUGGGACUCCUCGGUGUCCAGGAAAGAAAUCAACGACAACGUCAUGGAACUACCAGGACUGACCGACAUAGCCUCCAAUGGGCCGCUGGACUCGUUCUCUGGAUUGCUUUCGUCGCUUCCUUUGGACGGUCGCGAGCCAGCUGGUCCACCGGGCAUUGCGAAACCUAGCACAGGUUAUUCAGGCUCCUUCGAUCCAUUCGCGGAGAUCAAUGACUCGUCUCUCUCAACAUCAAGCCCUCCCCAAAUGGAUGAUGAUCCCACCCCUAAGGUUUCAAGGUUCGAUUUUGCACGGGGACGUCAAGCGUCCACAGGCACGGGGGUUCCGUCUCCUCUCCAUACGGCAUCGCCGAUGAUGGCGACGCCCUCCUUACACCAUGCUUCGCCGAUCAGCCGGACGAAUUCCAUGGCGCAAUCAUACAUGUCACCCGAUCCUACUUAUGGGCCUAAUUCGCAUCAAUGGCAACAUGCACGGCAAGAUUUUGGUAUGCGCCCCCCUUCGUCAGCGAGCUCGCCCCUCGCAGUCCAGGCUCAGCCGGCCGUGGCGCCAGGAUCUCGUUUCCAGCCUUUCGCAGAUCAAAUGUCUAGCGCUUUGAGUGAAGCGCAGCUGCGUGACUUCAUCGUGCGCAGUCAGAGCAGGGCAGCAAGCCAGAGUUCAUUUGGGAUGGAGAGUAUCCAUCAGUCGGUGCCUUACAGGACCGGGGGUCCCCCUUUCAACGAUCCCGCGAUCAUGUCCGCCAGUUUCAGUGGAGCACAGGCGCUAUCGGAUAGUCGGUUUCCUGGGCCUCCUGGGCUGGACCCCUUUCCACAACCUGGCCAAUCGUUCGCACCGCCUCCAGGACUAUCCUUUCCCCAGCUGAGCAAUGGCAGCCUCAACACUGCGAACUUGGGACUGGGUAGUGGUCCUUCCUCAAGUAUCGAGCCAUCCCAGACUAGCGGUUCCGCACAUGGGGAGGGAGUCCACCGAGCCGAGCCGUGCUUUGCCAUGUCCACAUCCGCAUCACCCGUUUCUCCAUCUCCUCCCCCUUUGUCGUCCGCGGACUUCCCGGCUUUGACCGCCGAUUCUCCUAAGGAGGUGGCGACUCCCGAAGAUACGACGAUCAUCGAUACCACUGCGCAAGACAAGGCUGCGCGUAAAGCUGCGAAGAAAGCUGCAGCCAUUGAACGUGCUGCAGCUCGCGCGCAGGCUGCGCAAGAGAAGGCAGCUGCAAGGGCGGCCGAAAAAGCGAAACUAGCCGCCGAAAAGGCUGCGGAGAAGGAAAGAGCUGCCGCUCUGAAGCUCGAAAAGGAGAAAGAGAGACUGGAAAAGGAGAGGCUACGAGCUGAGAAGGAAAAAGCGGACAAGGAGCGGGCUUUGCAACUGAAGGCGGAGCGGGCGGCGAAAGAUAAGACAGAAAGGCAAAGGCUAGAGCAGGAAAGGGCGGCGAGAGAGAAGGCUGCCUUAGCGGCCAGAGAGGCCAGGAAGGCUGUUCAAGCAGAGAAAGCCUCAAAGCAAGCGGGCGGUCCAGAUGCCCGUCCGGCAACCAAGGCCCAUAAGGAGGUUCCGACUUCUCCAAUUACCCCUGAGGCUCCGAUGCAAGGACCACUUUUGUCGAGAAUGCCCAAGAAGAACAAGCCUGCUACCAAACCUAUCCGGAUCCCCAAGGAAGGCGAUAUUAUCCAUGACACCACCUCGACAUUGCCAUCGGCUGCAUCGGAUGCCCCGCAAGUCCCUUCCCGACCUUCGUCGCUGGCCGAGACACACGGUCGUUCCCAGUCAACAGAGCCGCCCUUCCCUACUGGCCCGCUUUCCAUCGCCGCACUGCUCGAGCAGAUCGAUGAGCGACAGCCUUGGAUGAAUAUAUCCAAACAUCCCUUCUUCGAUCUAUCGAAAAUCAAUCCUGCUGCGAAGAUGCCGCUGGAGUAUGGCCCGCUCGUACAUGCUCUCUCCGCUCUGUCGGUUGGCGGUGGCUCGUUCGCCAACAAUAUGCCAUCGGGUUCCAUCGACAACGCAGUAUCUUCUUUCCAACAACUCCUUGAGACAUUGACUCAGACUAUUUCCGACCUCUUGAGACUCCUUCCGCGCACCACGUGGGACGACAGUUCUUCGUUCGACGGCGUGCUUCGCGACAUGCUCAAAGGCGACGAUUUCCUGGAUGAUAAUGGUGAAGACGGCAGCGCGAAGGAAGAUGAGGUGGCGGCGCUUACCUUGGCUCUGGAACGUCGUGCCCGCUGGAUGGAAGUUCAACUCUCCAAGCUUGAAGAGCUGCAUAGAGAUAUCAAUACCGCCGCUGUCCGCGCUGUGCUCUCCUUUAACGACAAGGGCUGGGAUAAGUAUGGCUUUGCGCCGCGUGUGGGAAACACGCUCCGUCGCUUCGAUAAUCUGGGAUAUGUGGGGACCGGGAGUGGAGAUGAGAUGCGGCUGAUGACGAUUCAGGAGCUGGAGGAGAAGCUGGUUGUGGCGAAGGAGGCUGCCGUCUUCGCGGAAGCGGAGGUGCGGGAAGCGAUGGAGAAAAUGCAGAGGCUCAAGCCUUCCGAAUGGGACUACUAG